AGAUAUUCAUACAUCGUGAACCGUUUCCAGCACAACCCGUGAGCCGUGAGGCAACCGAAAGCUCUCUUUCUCUCAUUCCCGGUCUAUGCUUGCUCUCUUGCUGCGGCUGGCUGACACGCAAACCAACCCAAAAGAUUCCAAUUCCGUGCCGGGUGGAUGGAUCGCGCGGAGCGAAACGAAAGAAAAGCCGUUCUAUAAUUUCACAUCAGUUUCGGUGAGGUUAAAAACGUAAGAACCUCACCGUAGUCCGUUGUGCCGUUGGAUGGUACGAAGAAUAAAUAAAAUCACCCGAAACGGCCUGGAAGCGAGACCGCGGGUUUGGUGUGCGGGCCUCGGCGUCCGUCCGCUCCGGAGAGGCAUAAACUUCGAACACGAGCAGGCGAAAAACCGGCAUAAAUUGCGUCGUUAGGAGCUAACGUGAACUUCAAAGUUAUUACGCAGCGUGCACAUUUACAGAUAUCGCGACAGCAGCUAGUUGUCUCUCCGUUUGGGGUGUGGAGUCCGCUACAAUACGGCCGACCGACUAGGGGUCGUGCACUUCCAUCGAUUGGUGUGAAUAAAACAUGAAUCUCGUCAGUGACAUCGGUGCGUCGUUCGAUACGGUUGGUACCGCCGCACAAUCCACGUUCGAUCAUUACUUCCUGAGCUGAUGGAGGAGGUCUGCUGAAAGGGAGCGAAACCAGCCAACGCGGACAUUAGCUGGUGCCAAGCCGGUCUAGGCCAACAAUAGCUAGGAGUGAGACAGUUCGGACAGGAUAGUUCCGUCGGUGGAUAGGAAGCACCUGGUGGUACUACAGAUCAUCUCCUCCUCGCUCUCUGGCUGUGGCUCUCCGAUCACAACAAAUCAUGGGUAAAAUAAAUGCUAGCCAUAGCAGCUAUUGUUACGAUAGCAUGCUGAAGCGGUCCGACGACAAGUAUCUACGGAGCUGCAGCAAAGUCGAGCCGAUCGAGUACGAUGACGAUGACGAUGAUGACGACGAGGACGACAGGGCACCGGAUCAUGUUGCGUGGCGGGCAGAAAAACUUGACGACCAGCGCAACAACACCACGUCCGGUUCGUCGGAUGACGAGCAGGAAGCACGCACCAUCCGCCGCUAUGUGCCGGAAGUUCUGGAGCGAAUCGACGAGAAUCGGUUGGUUUAUCGGGCGGAAGGUAACGCCAACAUUGUGCUCUCCCUGUCGGACAACAAGCAUGUGCUGCGGAUGCGCAAAUCGAAUGUCGAAACGCGUCCGGGUAAAGGUGACUCUAACGUUGAUCUGCGACGGUUCGUCAAAUAUUCGAAGGUCAUCGCGAAUCAGUUUUCCGAAUGCUACGUGCCAGCACCGAAGCUGGCCCAUCUGAAUACCUGCAACCUGCAGGUGUUUAAUGAGCGGCUGCGAUAUUUACGUCCCGCCAUGAGGCUCGGCAAGGAAAUACGUGAGCUUGAUGGCAUACUCUACCCGGACGUGGCAUUCCUGCCGAAGUGGCUGUAUCCAGCGCGAGUGCGGGACAUCAGUCAGGACCCUAAAAUCUCUUCCAAUCCACCAACCCACUACCAGACGUACUGCGUCGAAAUCAAACCGAAGCAAGGCUGGCUGGCGUACGAAUUCUGUGAUAAUAUUCCCCUUCCGGAGUUGACCAACGGUGGGGACCUUCGGAAGUGCCGUUAUUGUUUGCAUCAAUAUUUAAAGCUCCAAAAGAAAUCGAUAGCCAAAAUUAGUAAAUACUGUCCCUUGGAUCUCUACUCUGGCAAACCCGUUCGUGUUCUUCAAGCAGUGAAAGGCCUUAUCGGUGCACCGCAGAAUAAUUUUAAAAUACUGAAAAAUGGCAAGGUCGUGUACGAUGACAAGCGUGAAAAGUCGAUGUACAAUCGGAUACUGCGUGAAAUGUUCCCUCGCGAUGGUCGCACAAAGGACGAGAGAAGCACAAUCUUCAUAAAUCUUAUUAAGGAAAUUUUGCUGAAAGAUUUUACUACAAACGAUGAACAUUGCGAUCGGAAGCUGUUGAACAUAAAAAAGGAUCGAAAGAAGAAGGAUAAAAAUCAGCUUCACGAACGUUCUUGCAAUCCUGUCAAUCAACAGUUUCUCCCGAAAAGUUGCGCCUUACGACAGAUCCUAGACGUUCAGCUGUUGGUAAAGUCAAGCAUUUCCACGAUCGAUCCAUCAAUAUUGGCCAAAUCACGUACAGACUCAUUUAGCUAUAUCGACGAUAUGUAUGAAAAGUAUAUGAGCUGCAAGGAUUACGAUGUCGUGUACGUUGAUGAUGGUCGCACCAGUACCACCUGGGCAAAGGAACCGUUCAGUACCGAAUACCUGUCUGAGGAGGAGAAAUAUCAACUCGGUGCCACGGCCCUGGACUGUUCGAUAAUGAUCACGUUCCGCCGGCUGUCUGGUGAUCGUGCAGAGGAGAACAGCUUGAACGAAGCAGCGCGCAAUCACAUCGUCUCCAUUGAGGGUAUGAAGUUUCUCGUAAACGUUACGAUCACCGAUCUUGACCCAAAGUCGCACAAACAUUACGCCAAGUACGUGGAACAGCUUGCAGCGUCUGCGGUUGCAUAUCGCGAGUUUAUGAGCAAAAUGCGCCGUUAGUCCAGCAUACCCAGCGUUCGUUUCCUGUUUGUGUGUCUUACAUCACAUUACAUUAUAAGUCCAUCCAACCGUUGUGGCUCUAAGACUAUAUAUACAUCACGCCUAAGCAAACCCGAUUCUAAAUCGCAUGAAAAAACAAGCACACACAGACCGGCGCCAACCUCACUACGAAAAGCAAUAUUAUAUUUGCCCCUAACCUGCAUAGUAAUAGGGUUCUGUUGUCGGUUUAAAAUCGAAACGAAUGAAAACUCUUUGCCCGAAGAAUGCUCUUUACAACACUGUGUGGCAGAUAGAUAAGCGUAUGCGUAAUGGUCGAAGUAGAUAAGUAAUUAACGAAUGAGAAUGAUCGCAAGGAAUGAUAUCUGAGUGAGUUGUCAUUAGAAGCAAAGUGAAAGGUGAACAAAUUAUAUAGAAUACAUAAAGAAGGAAUGGUUUAUGGAAGGUUAUCUAGAGUUGAUGAAGAAUAAUGUACUAUUAAACUACUUAUUUAAACCUGCAAGACGUAACGAAGGUAAUAAGGUCGAACAUGACUGGAAAAAAUGGAGAAGAAUAUACAGAUUUACUAAUCUAAUCAGCAUACAAACUAACUAAUAGCAUACAAAAUGCAAACAGGGUGACAGAGGACUGAAGAAAAAAAAACAAAACUACAUUAAUACACACUUUAACUUUGCGUUCAACGUACACGCACGAACAACAUUCAGUCACGAGACGGGCGAAAAAUAGUUGUUUAACAUGUUCUAUUUAUUGUAAAGAUUAUUUAUUAUGACGUGUUCAUAGAUUUUAACGGAAAAAAGCACCUAGCCGAGGGCUUUCGGUAACACCAAGUAA